GAGAAUUCCAGAGUAAUUAGAAGUGGUUCAUCAUUUACAGUUUCUAGAGUUAUUAGUAAAUGAAUAACAUAAUAUAAGUUAUACUUACUAGCCCUUUAUAUAUUGGUCGUAUAAUAUUUAUUUUAGUAGAGAGAAAAUUUCUUAUUUGUGUCAGAGUGUCUAUAGAACCAUAGUAACAUUAUACGACAGACAGGAAAGAUAUGGCAGAUGAGAGUGUAAACACACCAGGAAUUGGAUCUACUAGUCCACUUGAUAUGGGAAUAGAUGAUUCAAUGCCUACUAUUAAAUUCUCUCCACAAUCACCAUUUCCUGAAGUAGCACCUCCAGCUAAUGUUCAAAAGGAACUGUCCAUACAGCCCGAGACAGAACCAACAGUAAUUGAAAAUAAUAAUACAAAUAAUAAGGAUAUUAAAGAAGAACAAGAAGAAGAUAAAAUCGAUGAUAAUGUAGUAGAAGAUGAAGAAGAAGAUGAAGAUGAUCCAAUAGUUAAAUUACAAGAAAUAGAAAUCUUACCGGAUCUAUUUACUUUAUUACAUGAUUUACAAAUAGGAUCUAUACUGGCAAAAGAUUUUGAUAAUAAUGCUGGAAGUAUACGAUUAAAAUUAAGUAAUGUUCGACAAUAUCUUCUGGAAAUUGAAGGUAUAAAUGAAACAUUAAAGGUUAGAGAAGCUAAAAUUGAUAGUUUAAAAGUUAAAAAUGCAAAGAAAUAUCAAUUUUUAAGUAAAUUUAAAAGUAGAGUAAUUAAUGAAUUUGAAGGCGAUAUAGACAUGACGAAUUAAUUUAAUGUAUUAUUAUUAUUGGUG